ACUUCAGAGCAGACACUGCCUCAUUCAGGGGAGACCAACCUCAAGCAACCCAAAAGAGAACAAGCAAGAGACUCCAAGAUGUUUUGCAAGGUCCGACUUAUGGCUUCUACUGUGCUGGUCAUCUUGGUGCUCGCCGCCCUAACAGAAGCUGCCUCUGCGGCAAAGGGCAAGAACAACAGAAGGAAAGGGAAUCACAUGCGCUUAAAGAGAACCACAAAGUUUGAAAAUGUAACGCUGUCUGCCAAUUUCCCCAAGUACAAUGGCCACAUCCACGAGGCUUCCUUCAGGAACCGCUCUCUGUCCCCCUGGAUCUACAAGAAGGACUUUGAUGCCAACCGCUAUCCUUCUUCCAUCGACAAGGCAGAGUGUGUGAGCAAGCAAUGCUUCAACUUUCGUGGCGUCAAGGAUCUAGAUCUGAACACCCGUCUGGUCAAGCAGGAGAUGCUCGUCCUCAGGAAGAAGAAGUCACGUGACGACAAGAUCAUUUACCACGUGGAGAAACUCUUGGUCCCUGUUGCUUGUGUCUGUGUCCGUCCGGAGGUCGUGCAUGCCUGAUAGAGCCAGCUGUAGGUGUGUCAAAGGAUAGAGUCAUGUCCAGCCAUUCCCCAAGCCAAGUAGAAGCAUAUCCUUAAGCAUUUUAAAUUGGAACCAGAGUGGGGGAAACAGCAUUUGAAUUGGAAGCCAGCCAAAAGUACCGCUGCAAAGCACUCA